CUGCGGGGGCGCCGGCGCGAGCGGCCGGGCUUGGGGGUGUAGCCGAGCCCGGCCCGGGAGCCCGAACUGCGAGAGAGCGGGGGAGCUAGGCCCCUCACGCUGGACUCCACCGUCUCCAGGCCGCCUGACCCCCGCACGGGUAUAUGGGAUGGAAGCGGGACCCUCGGGAGCAGCUGCGGGCGCCUACCUGCCCCCCUUGCAGCAGGUGUUCCAGGCACCUCGUCGCCCUGGCAUUGGCACUGUGGGGAAACCAAUCAAACUUCUGGCCAAUUACUUUGAGGUGGACAUUCCUAAGAUUGACGUUUACCACUAUGAAGUGGACAUCAAGCCAGACAAGUGUCCCCGAAGAGUCAACCGGGAAGUGGUGGAAUACAUGGUCCAGCAUUUCAAGCCUCAGAUCUUUGGUGAUCGCAAGCCUGUGUAUGAUGGAAAGAAGAACAUUUACACUGUCACAGCAUUGCCUAUUGGCAACGAACGGGUGGACUUUGAGGUGACAAUUCCUGGGGAAGGGAAGGAUCGGAUUUUUAAGGUCUCCAUCAAGUGGCUAGCCAUUGUGAGCUGGCGCAUGCUGCAUGAGGCCCUGGUCAGUGGACAGAUCCCUGUUCCCCUGGAGUCUGUGCAAGCUCUGGAUGUGGCCAUGAGGCACCUGGCAUCCAUGAGGUACACCCCUGUGGGCCGCUCCUUCUUCUCACCGCCUGAGGGCUACUACCACCCGCUGGGGGGUGGGCGCGAGGUCUGGUUCGGCUUUCACCAGUCUGUGCGCCCUGCCAUGUGGAAGAUGAUGCUCAACAUUGAUGUCUCAGCCACUGCCUUCUAUAAGGCACAACCAGUGAUUGAAUUCAUGUGUGAGGUACUGGACAUCAGGAACAUAGAUGAGCAACCCAAGCCCCUCACAGACUCCCAGCGUGUUCGCUUUACCAAGGAGAUCAAGGGCCUAAAGGUGGAAGUGACACACUGUGGACAGAUGAAGAGGAAAUACCGUGUGUGUAAUGUUACCCGACGCCCUGCUAGCCAUCAGACGUUUCCCUUGCAGUUGGAGAGUGGACAGACAGUAGAGUGCACAGUGGCACAAUAUUUCAAACAGAAAUAUAAUCUUCAGCUCAAGUAUCCCCACCUGCCCUGCCUGCAAGUUGGCCAGGAACAAAAGCAUACCUAUCUCCCACUAGAGGUCUGUAACAUAGUGGCUGGACAACGCUGCAUUAAGAAGCUGACAGACAACCAGACUUCAACUAUGAUAAAGGCUACAGCUAGGUCGGCACCAGACAGACAGGAGGAAAUCAGUCGCCUGAUGAAGAAUGCCAGCUACAAUCUGGAUCCCUAUAUCCAAGAAUUUGGAAUCAAAGUGAAGGAUGACAUGACGGAGGUGACAGGGCGAGUGCUGCCGGCGCCCAUCUUGCAGUACGGCGGCCGGAACCGGGCCAUUGCCACACCCAACCAAGGUGUCUGGGACAUGCGUGGGAAACAGUUCUACAAUGGUAUUGAGAUCAAAGUCUGGGCCAUCGCCUGCUUCGCACCCCAAAAACAAUGUCGAGAAGAGGUGCUCAAGAACUUCACAGACCAGCUUCGGAAGAUUUCCAAGGAUGCAGGGAUGCCCAUCCAGGGUCAGCCUUGUUUCUGCAAAUAUGCACAGGGGGCAGACAGUGUGGAGCCCAUGUUCCGGCAUCUCAAGAACACCUACUCAGGGCUGCAGCUCAUUAUCGUCAUCUUGCCUGGGAAGACGCCAGUGUAUGCUGAGGUGAAACGUGUUGGAGAUACACUCUUGGGAAUGGCAACACAGUGUGUGCAGGUGAAGAACGUGGUCAAGACCUCACCUCAGACUUUGUCCAAUCUCUGCCUCAAGAUUAAUGUGAAACUUGGUGGCAUUAACAACAUCCUAGUCCCACAUCAGCGCUCUGCUGUCUUUCAACAGCCAGUGAUAUUCCUGGGAGCGGAUGUUACACACCCCCCAGCAGGGGAUGGGAAAAAACCUUCUAUCACAGCAGUGGUAGGCAGUAUGGAUGCCCACCCCAGCCGAUACUGUGCAACUGUGAGGGUACAGCGACCUCGGCAGGAAAUUAUUGAAGACUUAUCCUAUAUGGUGCGUGAGCUGCUCAUCCAGUUCUACAAGUCCACACGCUUCAAGCCCACUCGCAUCAUAUUCUACCGAGAUGGGGUCCCUGAAGGCCAGCUCCCCCAGGGCACCAGCCGGCCAUCCCAUUACUAUGUCCUUUGGGAUGAUAACCGUUUCACAGCAGAUGAGCUCCAGAUCCUGACGUACCAGCUGUGCCACACUUAUGUUAGAUGCACACGUUCUGUUUCUAUCCCAGCACCUGCCUACUAUGCCCGCCUGGUGGCUUUCCGGGCACGGUACCACUUGGUCGACAAGGAGCAUGAUAGUGGAGAGGGGAGCCACAUAUCUGGGCAGAGCAAUGGGCGGGAUCCCCAGGCCCUGGCCAAAGCUGUACAGGUUCACCAGGAUACUCUGCGCACCAUGUACUUCGCUUGAAGGCAGAACGCUGUUACCUCACUGGAUAGAAGAAAGCUUUCCAAGUCCCAGGAGCUGUGCUGCCCAAAUCCAGAGGAAGCAAGGAGGAGGAAGGUUGGGUAGAGAGGAGUGUAGGAGGCCUUGUUUUUCUCUACAGAAGGGGUGGAGGGGUGGGGAACAGGGCCAGCAAGAGACCACCAGCCGGAAAUCUCUGAUACCAACCUCAUAUCCUCCUGCAUCCCUCACCCUAUUUUGUCACAUCUGGCCCUGAUCCCAUUGGACCAAGAUGGGCAGCACUGGUGCCCACCAUACUCACAGGUGUCUCAUGUGAUUCACAGUGCUAAAGACUCAUGCUUAACAGCUUGUUAAGGUCGGCUCUGAAGCCCUGUGGACAGAAGCUGGUAGGAUUGGGUUUGAUACUUUAGAUGGGAAAGUGAGGGGCUUGAGAAUGUGGGUGGGAGGAGGGAAGGAUUUUUUUAGGAGCCUUAAUCAGAAAAAGGUCUAGAUUUGUUUAAGAAGAAAAAUGAAAUCAGACCCAGAUCAAUAUUUUAGGAUACUAGAUGUUUUCAUGGGUUCAGAAUCCAGUUUGUAGGAAGAUUUUUAAUGCUAAUGGUUUUGGUUGUUCUUCCCUCAGCUACCCACCCUCAAUCCCUGCCCACUGCCUUUUGCCCUUAUUCUCUCAUAUUUCCUACCCCAUCUUACAUCUCAUCCCUGACAGAGAUCCAGCCCCCUAGUAACACUUAAGGCACUAUGGCACUUAGCUCUGAAGUGACACGACCCUGUCUUCCUUCCGCCUGCUGGUGGGUAACCAGUGCCUUCCCUGUAAUGGUAAUGCUGCAGAACUGCAACCUUUUGUACCUUUCUUUGUGGGACUGGGUGGUGGGGUGGGAGAAGGAGGUAGGUGGGAAACAGAUAUCCCAACCCAAUAAGCCUCCAGCCAGAAUGCCAGCUAUUUUCCAUUUGAAGGAUUGACUUCCAUACUCAUUGAGCUUUUAAAAAGAUCGCAACCUCACGAUGGUUAGAAUCCAUUGACAUUUGCACUUUCAGACAUGACAAGUCUCGGAGCUGCUGAGAUGACUGGCCCCUGGCCUUUUCACUUAUACUUCCCUCUUUUCCAUAUCCCCAUUCCUUCCACCCUGCCUGGUCUGGAGUUACUUUCAUACAGCAUUUCUCACUCUUGGCUUUUUCCCCCUAAUCGUCAUAUCUCUUAUGUUUCAAUAUUUCUUAACUGGGGUGUCUUAUAACAGAAGAUCUUUAGGUCUAAAAUGCGAAAAAAGAAAAUGAAAUGUUAUUUUUAUACCAUAACUUGAGUCUAUUGCCAAAAUCUGGAAAUUCCUCCCAUGCCUGAUGAGUUUACAUCCUGGAAACAUUGAGCCAUCAGAAGGAACUAUGUAUCUGACUUGUUCUCUGGCCUGGCUAGGUAGGGGUGGUUAUUUUCCCCAAAGUGAGGCUCAGGCUCUGUUCUUCCUCUGUGCAAAUAAUACCUUUUUCUUGCUACAGGCUUCCUCCUCUGCACUGUCCUGCACUCUUUCCUGCAAGUGUAUCUUCCCUUUCUCUGGACUGGACUGUCCUUUGACCCUUGGAUUCAUCCCAGAUUCUAGCAUGUCCUGUGGACAGGCUGGGGAAUUUUGCUGCUCCCUUUGCUUCUGUUUACACAAAUGAAUUUUUCCUGGUUUCCCACUAGGGCAUGUGAGUGGGUGGCAUGGGCUUUUUUUUUCCCCCCUUUGAGAUAAAGGGUUUGGCUGGCUUAUAGGAAUGGAGAAGAAGGAGGUUCUUGCUUAGUCUCUGCUGGCAAUUGAGAGAAGGCUCUCUCUUUCUCCUGUACUACUGCUUGGAAUGGGAAGGUUCAGUUUCAGUAUGCAAAUUCUUCUUUUUGAGGAGCCUGGGCUUGGUUUUACCCUCUCUGGUGAUGAAGCCAUGAUACUAUAGAUCUAGUCCAGGAUUGGCCAGUCAGCUGGAGGAAGGAAGGUCUGAAUCCUGGCCUGUAGAGUUAAAGCAACCCUUUUUCUCUUCCCAGCAGCCUUUGUACAGACCCACAUUUGCUAUGCAAAACAAUCUACUCUAGGUUCUGUUCUAGUUGGCUACAUUGUUCAGUAACUUCACAAAAAGGUAACGCAAAUAUUCCUUAUGAAGAAAGCAACAGGACUGUUGAGUAACUCCUCCUGUACAUUUUUCUGCUGGCUAUAGAAUGGGUUGUCCAAUGGGCACAAGCCUAGUGAAAAACAGAAUGGAAGGUCCUGGGAGGAGGCAGCUCACUGGAGAGCCUACAUUCCUUACACAAGUGCCUAAAGAGAGUGAUGCUAACACUCCAUAUGCCCUCUGUCCAUCGCCUUCAUUAUACAGUCUACUUCAUGUUCUGUCACCCUUUGGGGAGGAAGCUCUCCUAGGACAAUGGGCUCUCAUGUAAUCUACUACAUUGGGUACAUUUUGGGGCUAGGACAAGGGCAUUAUUCCUGGAGGGUCCAGUCAUUCACCAGCAUUUGCAAAUGCCCAGAGGGAACAGAUGGAAGUCACUAUUCUCAGCAACAAGUUUGUGUUCUUUCCUUUCUCUUUGCCUCACUCUCUCCAUUGGGCUUUGAGCUGGGGCUUGAAAGGCAUUUCUAGUCCUUUGGCAUCACAUGUGCCAUUCAAGAAAUAAAAGCAAGAGAAUGAGCUUGGAUAAUGAUGAGAAAAUAAUUUUCUGCUCUUAGUUUUAGGAAAAAAAAGACAAAUCCAUGAUUGUGUUAUUUAUUCUUGUUUGAAAGGUGGCACGUACACAAGGUGUUGGUAGUAAGCUUUAGCUAGCUUGGAUUUGGUUGCGGUAGCAGUACUUCUUACUAAGUUCUGAGGAAGUACUGGGAGGACCCCAGCCUUAUCCUCAUAGGUCUCUUGCUCCCUUUUUCCCACUGUUUUUAAUAUCCCUUUCCUCUUUCUUUCCUUGGCUGACUCCCCCUGCCCUCUAUUGACUCAACUUGGUUGCUGGCUGGCCUGUAUGCCUGUCUGUCUGCCCAUGUGAUGAAUUCUCUGCAUGACCUGCAAUGAUCCUACUGUUAACUGGCAAGGUCAGGCUAAGCACCUUGACUGCAUAAGACCAAGAACCUGUUCCCCAUGCCCAGUAGUAUUAAUAUUAGUUGAACUUUCCUCAAGCUUACACUAUAGAGCAGCAGACUUGCUUGGCUUCUGGGAGUUUGCACACCUAACCAUUCCUUGGAGCUAGUUUCUCAUUGCUUUUUCUGCUUCCUUUUCUCUCUGCUCUAGGACCUUCCUUUGCUAAGGAUGACCUAGGGUCAAGCUUUUUGAUUAUUCUGAGUUGGGGGUUAGAGAAUGGAAAUAGAGGGAAAAGUGAGAAGAAAAAAAAAGAAUGGAUAGAGUUUGGGAAAGGAGAACACUGCUUUUUUUUUUUUUUUCUAGUUCAGCAUGACCCAUUGGUUGAGGUGCUACUGCUGGCUACAAUAGCCUUGGAGCUAUUGUUGCCACAAACUUAAGCUUAGAAUGAGGCUGAAGAAAAAGAUGCCUACAAGUUUGAAACCUUUCUAAAAAUCUACUGGUUUCCACCUGUUAGAUAUCUCCUUAAUAGCCUCCUUGUUGGCUGAGCAACAGUGUUUUUUUCUGUCCAGAAUUAUAUGAAUAAUGCCAGUACACAUGAUGGACACAAAGAGGACACUUCUUAGCUGACUCAUUAGAUAACUGCAAGGCUGGUAGGACUGUAUUUCAGACUUGGCAUCAUGUAUAACAGAGAAGAAUGGAAGUUCCUUCUCUUCCGGGGCAGAAAAUUCAUCUUAAGUGAGCCAAAAAGCAGUUUUAGAAACUAUAUUGAAGAAAGUUGUUUUUAUUUAUUUACUGGGCUUAGGCCAAUUUAGGAUGGUAGCUAAGAUGCCUUCCUUCUUGAAGUCUGAUCAGGGCAGGGAUAUGGCAGGGCACUCUUUCCUACUUAGCCUUUUAAGCGGAUUGGAGAAGAGGGAUUCUCUGGUUUUCUCUUUUCCCCCACUCACUAGGACUUGCCUUCUCCCUGGGCUGGGAGCUAGGCUGGGUUGGUGCUCUCCCCUUACUCUACUCCUACUGACUUCGAACCUCUGGCUGCUGUUUGGAAGCCCAAGAAAAGGAGUGAAAGGAAUGGGCUCAAAACAGAUUAAUAUAGGGAAGGCAGAUUUUCUCUUUGAAAAGGAAAAUAGGAAACUCUCCAAGAAUUGUGCAAGUAAAGACAAUUUGUCCCAAUGCACUGAGUCCCCUAGUGUAGUAGCAAUAAGGUAAAAUGAAAUGACUUUCCUGUGCACACAGUCCAAACUGACUGGUGUUUGAUGUUGCACUUAGCCUUGUGUCAGGCACGUGUGACUACUCUGGGUUUCACUUUAGUUUCUAAACUUUUUAUCCCUCUCAAGUGCAGCAUGGAUGGGGAAAUGUCCCUAGAGCCCCACAGCUGUGUACUUGUUUGCAUUUGUUUCCCUUUGAGACUUGUAUCUGUGUCCUGCUUUGAGCUGUACCUUGUCCAGUCCAUUGUGAAAUUACUCCAGCAGCUGUAAUGUACAGUUCCUUCUGAAGCAAGCAACAGCAGCAGCACAAUUCUGUUUUAUAAAGACAACAGUGGCUUCUAUUUCUAAAGUGCGGUCUCUCUCUCUUUUUUUUCUCCCUACUGGCAAAAUAAACUAUUGGGAUUAAUUAUA